AUGCCAUACAAUAAUAUUCAUACACUUAGUUCUGAACAGCGUCGUCAGUUUUUUCUAGAACUAUUUGACACAGAUCCAUCUCUACUAAAUGCACUAAACCAUGAACAACAUCGUCGAUUAUAUUCUGUACUAAUUGCUAUCAAUCCUUCUUUUAUGGAACCACUUUUAGAUGCACGUAGUACAGUGCGUGACAUGAUCAAUAAACAACAUAACAGUAGCACAAAUAAUAUUGUUAAUUUUGAUAGUGCUCUUGAUCAAAGUGAUGCAGAGGAGACUGAUAAUGCACACAAUUCUUUAAGUGACGAUGAUAAUAAUAGUACGUAUGAACUAUUAAUAGUGGGGUAUACACUACUGCUGAAAAGAAGGAAUGUUAAACCUAGAAAGUGUAGUAAUAACAUUAAUAAUGUUAAUAUUGAAAGUGCCACCAAUCAAAGUGAUACAGAUAAUGCACAUAAUUAUUUGGGUGACAAUGAUAAUAAUGGUGUUCAAGAAAAUGUCGAAGCCAUUGCAAAUAGGUAUACACUACUAUCAAAAAAAAUAAAUAUCAAACCUUCUAUUAUAAAGUAUAACAGUAGCACAAAUAAUAUUGUUAAUAUUGAUAGUGCCCUUGAUCAAAGUGAUGCAGAGGAGACUGAUAAUGCACACGAUUUUUUAAGUGACGAUGAUAAUAAUGGUACAUAUGAACUAUUAAUAGUGGCUAUUCAAGCCAAGGCAAAUGGAUAUACGCUAUCACCGAAAAGAAGAAAUGUCAAACCUUCUAUUAGAAAGCGAAGCAAUAAUACAAAUAAUGUUAAUAUUAAAAGUGCCGCUGAACAAAGCGAUGCAGGUGAGACUGAUAAUGCAUACGAUUUUUUGGGGGAUAAUGAUCAUACUACUCAAGCCAAGGCAAAUAGGUAUACGUUACGACCAAAAAAAAAGAAUGUCAAACCUUCUAUUAGAAGGCAAAACAGUAAUAUAAAUAAUAUUGAAAGUGCUAUUGAUCAAUGUAAUAGAGCUACUCAAGCCAAGGCAAAUGGGUAUAUGCUACGACCGAAAAAAAAGAAUGUCAAAUCUCCUAUUAGAAGGCAUAACACAAAUAAUGUUAAUAUUGAAAGCGCUCUUGGCCAAAGUGAUGCAGAUGAGACUAAUAAUUCUUUGAUAGCCUACGGUCAAGAUAAUACAGAUGAGAUUCCACAUGAUUCUAAUACAUUAACACCUGCCAUCAAUGCAUUUUCAUAUACUGAUUUGGAAAAUAUCACUAGUCAAAGUGAUACAUUAACCCUUGCAAGAAAUAGGUUAGAAAGGAAGACUCGAUCUCCUAUGUGUUUGCAUAACACAAACAUUGAAGACAACAAUCAAGAUACUACAAAUAUCGAUGCAGAUCAAGUUAAUAAAAUCUCUGCAAAUAAUGUAUCACCAUUAAAAAGUGUUAUUCGUUCUUCUGUUCAAAAGCGUAAUGAUAUCAAAAAAACUGAAUAUAAUGCACAAAAUUCUGGUGCUUUAAAUGAUAUUAGUAAGAAUACUGAAGACAAGGAAUAA